AAUUACUCUACUAUAAAUAUAAACACAACAUAUUAUCUCAACGUGUUCAUGUCACCGUUGCUCGUCGAAAUUUUGAGAAGAUGGAGCCCGUCGAAUCAGCAGCCAACCUCCGUUCACAAUACCUUGAAGUUCUUCGUAGUCGCCGUUCUCCUCCAGUUCCACUUCUGAAACUACCUGCAAAGCCCGUGGUGGAACCCUUAUAUCAGGCAAUGCCUAUUGAAUUGGUGGACUUUAAGGCAAUGAAAUCCUACCCGAAAGCACGCAUUAACGUCAAGGAACUGCUAAAUGAAGAAAACUUUUACUUAACCACUGAGGAAGGAGAGCAAGGGCGUCUGCCUGUGCUCAUUUUGAGCAUGAAAGAAAGCACACAAUCGAAAAGACCAGCUGUUGUUUAUCUGCAUCCAUCAAAUGCCAACAAAGAGUAUCUAUGCCCUUUACUUGAGGUUUAUGCUUCACGUGGAUAUAUUGCAAUUGCCAUUGAUGCUCGUUACCAUGGAGAACGUGCCAAAACCCCCACCGCCUAUCAAGAUGCUCUUGUUUCAUCAUGGAUAAGAGGUGAUACAAUGCCAUUUAUAUAUGACACGGUGUGGGACCUUAUAAAGUUGGCAGAUUAUCUAACCACCCAAAGACCUGAUAUAGACCAUUCCAAGAUAGGAAUCACUGGGAAUUCGCUUGGAGGAAUGCAUGCAUGGUUUGCUGCUUUUAUUGAUACACGUUAUUCAGUUGCUGUCCUCGUAAAUACUGUUCAGAGCUUUCGGUGGGCCAUAGAUAAUGAUCAAUGGCAAGCUCGAGUUGACACUGUGAAGCCUGUGUUUGAAGUAGCAAGGAUUGAUUUAGGGAAGGAAGCCAUUGACAAAGAGGUUGUGGAAAAGGUAUGUUCCAUAAAGAUUGCUAAAUCUGCUGGUUUAGAAUCUGAGUUUGACUCACCUUAUACGGUGCCACUCAUUGCACCACGCCCUUUGUUGAUUAUAAAUGGUGAAGACGAUCCCCGUUGCCCAACCAAAGGUAUUGAUGUUACCAUAUACAAAACACAAAAAGCCUUCGAAGAUGCCCAAUGUUUGAAUCAUUUCAAGGUGAUAAUCGAACCAGGAAUUGGACAUGAAGUGACAUCAUCAAUGCUUAAAGAAGUGAGUGAUUGGCUUGACAAGUUUCUAAAACCAUAGAAAUUUCUCAUGCAUAGCUAUGUACCUUAUGCUCGACUGAAUAUUGUUGUAUGUUGAAAAAGUAUAUGUAUAUCACGUAAAUAAAGCUUUGGCAUUGUUGUUUGUACUAAACACCAGAAA